GUCAUUCCUGCUCAUCUGGACCCGUGCGCGUUUUGCAGCUGUAGCUCAGACUUUUGGGACCACGCGACUGAAUCAUCUCCGGUCUCCACUUCAAGCUACGCGGAUGGUGACCUGACGAACAUGCCGGGCCAAGGUCUGUGUUGUGGCAGUCUGGAGCAGCCAAAGCCCCUGAUGAAGAUGGGGCUGACAGUGAUCCUGAUCGGACAUGUGAGCUUCAUGUUGGCUGCUCUGGUGCAGGGAGUGGUCCUCAGACACAUCAACUUUCAGAAGCACCAGCGGGCUCUGGAGUACGCCAUCUCCACUGUUGUGACCCUAACGUCAGGCCUGUUGGGAAUUAUCGUAGGCAUUCUCACCAUUGUCUUGGCCAAGAACAAGAAGAGCAAAUGUUUGACUUGGACCGUGUUUGUGUUCAGCCUGACUGCAGCCCUCCUUGCUGGGCUGUCUGCCUUGGGUUUGUUCAUUGCCGUGGUGAUGGCCAUCAAGCACCACGGCCGCACCCUUCUCAGCCACUGCCGCUUCCCUGACGCCAUCGGCUACUCCAGCGUCACCAACGAGUGCCCUUUCGACCCCACACGUAUUUAUAGCACCACCCUGAUCCUGUGGGUGCCACUCAUCGUCACCUCUGUGGUGCAGGUGGUGUUCUUGUCUCGGUGUUUUGCAGUCUGCAUCACUUUCCUGGGACUGCCCCCCUGCUGCUGCUGCCCUCACAAGAAAGGGUCCAAGUCUUUUGCAAGAUCGAUCAAUGUUGUGAAACCACUGGAAGCUGACCCUUCCCACUUCAGCCCACCUCGAACCAGCACUUUACUCCCACCAGAUCACCCUCUGUUUUCUCCCUCUCAAAGAUCCUCUGCGACCAUCCCCCCUCUACCCCUUCCUCCCCCCAGAGGCACCAGCCGAACCACCUCACAGCACUCUGCCAGCUCAGCCCCCCCACUGGCCGUAUAUACAGAGAGCCCCACGCGCCUCGGCCAAAGCAGGUCUCAUCCUAAUGAACCGGCGAGGAUUCCCAACAACGCCAGUGCCACUUCCAGGCCGCCCCGGGAGAGUUGGAAAGCGCCCACUACCCGCCCCACUUCUCCUCAGUACGUGCCACGGCAGCAUAAGAGUGCGCCCCCAUCCGAGAGGCAGCCACUGGCCAAACCGCGGAGGGAGAGGGCCAGUGAGGUAAGGACUAAUACAAGCACCAGUACAAGGCAAAGACAGCCAGAGGAGCACCAGCUACUCAGCAGACAACAAACUCGACACCAACCACUGGAGAGGGGGGCUAUGGAGAGGACCAGCUUUUGGAUAUAGGCAUUUUGGGGAGGACUGACAGCACUGCAAUAAAUUAACAGCUGCAAUAGCUUGGCUUGUGUUAGUUUUUAACUUGAUUUAGUAGUUUUGCCCAUUUACCUUAAAUCCUGGCAAAGCAAUCAUAUCUCCAUGGAGACAGCAGGUGAUGUACUGUUCUCCAGGAUAGUUAGAUAGCAUUUUAAACCAAAAAAAAAUGUGUCAAUGUAUUUUUUAUUUUGUAUUUCAUUUUCAAGUCCAUAUUUCUCACCUCACUAGCUUAGAAUGUACCAGAUCAGUUAAAUGCAGUGAGUUUAUUUGUAUAGGUCACUAAACAAAUGACCCCAUGACUGUUUCAUCCUGACAUAAGGUUGAUGUCUGACUGUGUCUGUGAGGUGCCGACCGAUCGCAUAUAGUUAGGAGGGUCAAUAUAACAUGUAAAAAAAAACAUGUACAGAAUUCCUUUUAGUAUUUUGGUGCUUUUUCAAUGAGCUGGAAUACACGACCAGUGAGAAUGGGCCUCAUGGGUUAUGUUCAGAGAGACAGUCCAAACUUCAAAAGUCAUUUUUAUAAUACCUGUUGUAUCAGAACAUAGGUCAUUAUUUUACCUUUUUAACUGUGCGGUGUUCUAUUGCAAAGUAUUUCUAAAACUGUCUCUCAUGUUUACUAUCUAGUCUAGUGCCUGUAAUUCUUGUUCAGGUUACCUUGCAAAGUCCAUUUCAAAGCUAAAUCCUUCAUUAAUUUUCCCUAAUGUUAUGUUUUAAGUGUUAUUCUGAACUAUAUUAGACUAGACUAGAAUGUAUUUAUCACUACAAUGGCAGAACAGUUACUGACUAAAUGUGUUAUAAUACAUUCGCAUACACAUUUUUUUUUUCAGUUGUGCUUUUACUAGUUGAGAAUAUCAUGUCUCAAGAUCUCACUAUGUAGCCAAGCCAGAUUCUCUAGCUCUACGGCCAACUGGUAAAACAAAAAUAAUAAAGAUUUCACAACUGCAAUGUGCAUUUUGGGCUUGGUCACCCUGUAAGUACAUUUUCAGCUGCCAAGGUUUGAAAUAAUGUGCAAUAUCUUUACGUGUCUCUGUGCCUUCAUGUUUACACUGUCUGAUGAAUAAAGUUGCAUGUGUUUUCUUGGUCAUUA